CUCUCCAUUAAAAACUGAUAAUCAUGAACAUUUGAGCGGAAGUAACAGGAUUUAUGAAUAGAUGGAGCUAAACAAUAGUUACAUAUAAAACAUUUUUAAAUGGAAACAUCCUCCCUUUUUAACAUGCUAUUGUCCUGAAUAUUUUCACUCGGAUUAUCGAAUGUCUUUUAAUCAAUCCGACUACGCAUUAUGGACCACCAACCACAAUCAAGAUGCUUCCUGUUCGACAUUAAAAAGGACUGAAUUAAAUCAUCGAUCAGACUAGACCAAUGGAUACAAAUUCCAAUACAGUGAUAAGUGCUCGUCCUUUGACUAAACAAAUGUAAACCCAAAUUGGCAUCAGAUAGGAUACUUUGUUAUGUAGAAUACCUUUGCUGGGAAAUCACCUCAGAAUAGAGAUGCCUGCAAUUAACUAUGCGCUGUUCCUUAUUGUUAUGCACAGCGGAACAGCCUCCAGGUGUGUGGACCAUGCUUGCAGUCCUCCUCUGGGCAACCUAGCCAGUGGUCGGAGCCUCCGCACUCUUUCAGGCUGCUGUGGAAAUAGCUCCCAGGACACCCCAUGCCCCUCUCCUCACCACGUCUGCUCUGAGCAACUCCACCCACCUGCCCACAUGGCGGACAAUCCCUUCCUGCACCCAGACACCUGGUGGAAGUCCAGGGCUAGUGCUGGGCAACAGGAUGAGAUCCAUCUAGACCUAGAGACCAAAUUCUUCCUGACCCAUGUGAUCCUGCUGUUUCAUUCCCCCCGACCUGCCGCCAUGGCCAUAGAGCGAUCCCAGGAUUAUGGCCGGACCUGGGAGACGCUGAAACUGUUUGCUAAAAACUGCAUUCGGGAGUUUGGACUUCCUGACGACAGCAGUCACGCAGGGUCUCUGUGUACUUCCCGCUACUCCAGUGCCACCACAUGCAGCAGAGGGGAGGUGAUAUAUCGGGCGCUUGGCCCGGGUGAUGGUGGAGUACUUGACCCCUACAGUCCCGAGGCCCUGGUCCAGCUGACACUGACAAGCCUCCGCAUACGGCUCAUCAAGGCCCAGGCCUGCCAGUCUUCUUCAUCCUCAUCUUCUUCCUUGAGCCCCUCAGUGGGACCCACCAACCCUCUCAGGGUCGGGAGUGCUUUACCCUCCCAGUCCAUAUCAGAGUCCUCAGCCACACCAUCCUUUUCCAUUUACACCCUACUGGCUACAGGGACAUGCCUGUGUCAUGGCCAUGCAGAGCAAUGUGUGCGACACAAUAGCAGCCAGGAGACACCAGAGGACGGCAACAUGGUUCCAGGCAGGUGUGUGUGUAUUCACCACACAGCAGGGGAACACUGUGAACGGUGUGCCCCUCUGUACAAUGACCGUGCCUGGAGGCCAGCCAAUGGCAGCAGUGGGGAGCCACACCCCUGCCAGAAAUGUGAGUGUCACAGCCACGCCGACAGCUGUCACUUCUCCAAGAGGGCAUGGCUCUCCUCAGGGGGUAGGAGCGGGGGGAUCUGUGAGAACUGCCGACACAACACAGCUGGACGCAAGUGCCAGCGAUGUCGCCCUGGUUACCACCGCCAUCCGACCAUGCCCCUCAACUCCCCCUAUGCAUGCACACGUUGCAGGUGUGACUCAGUGGGGUCAUUGUCAGGCCACUUUGGGCAGAAGGGCCCGUGGUGCCACUCAAGGAGUGGGCAGUGCCCCUGUAAGCCUGGUGUUGGGGGCACCAGCUGCAGCCACUGCCUCCCUGGGUACUGGGAAUAUGGGGAGGAGGGGUGCAAACCAUGCACUUGUCCUCUGAGCUGUGAUCCAUUCACAGGUCACUGCCUUGACAGCUUCAGGAAUAACCAGGUUUUUAACGUGCCCAUUGGUGGAAAGAUUCCUGAUGUGGACAUUUUGACGACUAAUGAGGGUAAGGCUUUGUGGCCAAAGGAGCUUGCCGUCUCUGCGCUGCAUUACACAGGGAAAUGUAGCUGUAAGGAGAAAAAACUGAGUGUAUCUGACCUUUGUAAGACCAAACAUGACUAUGUGAUAAAGGCCAGUGUGUUAUCUGCUCAUGACAAGGGGAGCCAUGCUGAGGUUCAGGUCAAAGUUCACAAGGUUCUGCGAUCAGGACGGGUGACUCUGUCCCAGGGCACUCUUAGUCUCUUUCCGUUGCCUUGGACCAGCCGAGGGUGCACCUGCCCCAUCCUAAACCCAGGUGUGGAGUACCUGCUGGCAGGCCCUGAAGAGGCAGGGACGGGGCGACUGCUGGUCACCAUGCAGAGUGUGGUGGUGCCCUGGUCCCCUCAACUAGGGGUUCACAUAGCAGAGGGCCUCAGACACAGCUGCCCAUGACCAAUGAACUGUUCAAACCCUGGACAUAGAGGGGCACUCAGAACAGAAAUGGACUGUAGUCAAACUGAUUACUCCGCUAAUCUACUACAUUUCAGUGAAGGUCACUGGUUACCACUUUUCCCAACGUAAACAUUCUGCCAUUCUGUAAACUUGAUGAGAUGAACUCCAGAAUGAAGUGAAUAUGAAAGGUGGUUCCACGAGUCAUCUCUCAGACAUCGGCAGAAAUGAUUUUUUCUGGAAUCCAAUGAAUGCUUGAGUAGUUAAACGUGGUCACUUAAGUGUGAACUACAACACAUAAUGAACCUGGAAUGCAGGCUUGAUAGCUUUUUCUAACAUUUAGUUUAAAAACAAUAUAAUUAUAUAGCCUACAACUAAACAUAUUAACUACAGGAGUCACAUUCCAACUUGGAUUUGCCUCAAUACAUUUUGAUAAUGUU